UCAAAAAAUUCAGUAAAGAAGAAAUAGAAAAACCCCACCCAGCAAAACCCCCGGUGAUCGUCUCUCGGCCACACAACGAUGUCCGCCGCAAGAUGCUUCCUUCGCUCCGCCGCUUCUCGCGUAAAUCUGGCUGCCGGAGCUAAAUCUAAACCUACACGACCAAUGUUUCGGAUCCCAAAACAAACCUCAACUCCUUUUCGCAUUUCCAGAUUACCGGUGGAAAUGAGUUCCGGCGUUGAAUCGUUGCUUCCAUAUCACACUGCAACUGCUUCCGCAUUGCUCACUUCAAUGCUUUCAGUCUCUCGCCACUCCUACGGUUGGACUCCUGAAGAUUGCAAUGAUGAUGUAUGAUGAAUGACAGAGGGUUCGAGCAAAGUUUUAUGUAGGUGCGCUCUGAAUAAGGUGUUCGAAUAAUUUUUUCUUUUGGGAUUUUGAAUUGUUCACAUAAACUUUGAUGUCAAUGAGCAUUUGCCGAGAAUAUAUAAGAGGCGCUAAAUUAGCAACAAUCUCCACUGUAUCAUUUUGUAGACUGAUUUCUAGAUACAAUUUGUAUGAUUUGGUUUUCUAUUCAAGCUUGAUGGAUUUACUACUGUAUGUUGUGUAUUGCAAUGAGUGUGCAGUUGAACACAGUAUAAGAACAUUGAUUUAGUUACCUUAAUGGUCCAUAGAAUUUGUGACUAACCUCAAUGCAAAAUGACAUUUAUGUGCUUUCCUGAGAAUUCUGUUUGAUGCAGUGAAAAAACAUUAGUAUGAUAUUGCAAUGCUAAA